GCCCCCGCCCCCGCCGCCAUGACCGAGGAGCCGUACGAGAAGUUCCUGGCCCCAGAGGAGCCGUGCCCGCUGCUCUCGCACCAGCACCCGCCGCGCGGCGGCAGCUUGAGCCUGAGCGAGGAGGGCUGCCUGGACGUCAGCGAUUUCGGCUGCCAGCUCUCGUCCUGCCACCGCACCGACCCGCUGCACCGCUUCCACUCCAACAGGUGGAACUUGACAUCCUGUGGAACCAGCGUGGCCAGCUCAGAGUGCAGUGAGGAGCUGUUCUCAUCGGUUUCUGUUGGUGAUCAGGAUGACUGUUACUCUCUGUUGGAUGACCAGGAGUUCACCUCUUUUGAUUUGUUCCCCGAGGGCAGUGUCUGCAGUGAUGUCUCUUCUUCUAUCAGCACAUACUGGGAUUGGUCAGACAGUGAGUUUGAAUGGCAGUUGCCUGGCAGCGACAUUACUAGUGGGAGUGAUGUGCUUUCUGAUGUUAUACCUAGUAUCCCAAGCUCUCCCUGUCUGCUUCCGAAAAAGAAAAACAAGCAUAGGAAUCUUGAUGAACUUCCGUGGAGUGCAAUGACAAAUGAUGAACAGGUUGAAUAUAUUGAAUACUUGAGUCGCAAAGUCAGUACAGAAAUGGGCCUUCGAGAGCAACUUGAUAUUAUUAAAAUUAUUGAUCCUACUGCUCAGAUCUCACCUACAGAUAGUGAAUUCAUUAUUGAAUUGAACUGUCUCACAGAUGAAAAACUGAAACAGGUGAGGAACUACAUCAAGGAGCACGGGCCUCGUCAGCGGUCAGCAAGGGAGAGCUGGAAGAGGAGCAGCUACAGCUGUGCGAGUACCAGUGGUGUGAGCGGUGCCAGUGCCAGCAGCAGCAGUGCCAGCAUGGUCAGCUCAGCCAGCAGCAGCGGCUCCAGCGUCGCCAACUCCGCCUCAAACUCGAGUGCCAACAUGAGUCGAGCGCACAGCGACAGUAACCUGUCCUCAAGUGCUGCAGAGAGAAUCCGGGAUUCAAAAAAACGUUCCAAGCAACGGAAACUACAGCAAAAGGCCUUACGGAAGAGACAGCUGAAAGAGCAGAGACAAGCUCGUAAAGAAAGACUGAGUGGAUUAUUUCUUAAUGAAGAAGUGCUCUCUUUAAAAGUGACUGAGGAGGACCAUGAAGGAGAUGUGGAUGUUUUAAUGUGACAGGGGUGAAUUUAUCAGUGUUCUUUCUAAGCCUUAAAUGUAUUAUCCUUAUUGUUUACAUAUAUUUCCUGACCAAAUUUUGAUUAGUGUUAACAAUAUAAACCAGAUCUUUUCUCAAGUGUAAUUUUGCUAAGAAGGUCUAAGUAUUGAGUAACUUCAGCUUUUUGAGAGUAAUUUUGCAACAAAGAAUUCAGAAACUUAACUGUCUUCUGAAAAGCUGCUGAGUAAAUACAAUUUUAAGGAAAUGGAACUUGGCUAAUAUGCUAACAACUUACAAGAUUACAAGAUUUAAGUCUAGGGGUGCUCUUGGAUGACACAAAGCAUGCAUUACUAUGCUUCAGCUUCUUUGUUUUUUUACAACUUAGAGUUAGUAUCCCACUUGAGUUGUUCUGUCUUCCUUUCCCAUUAUUAGGAAGAUUGUUUAGCAUGAGGAAAAAUCUUUCUAUUCUGUGGGGCUUUCUUCAGUCUUGCUCUUGAAUUGUACAAAAUCAAAGUGAUGUCAUAAAUUCUUUUCUAAAAGUUGUGAUUUAACUCAAACUACACAGAAAACAAGAAGCAGGACUUCUAAUGCAGGGAAUCUGUAACAAAUACUGCCUAAUAAUGUAGUUCUUAGGAACCAACUAGAAUUAAAAAAAACCCCAAGAAGUGCAGGCUUAGUCUUCAGAAGCUGCUCAAUAUCUUAGGAUUAUCACUAAUGGUUGACCAGUACAUCCCUUCUAUUUCUAUGAAAAGAUUACAAUAAAAAUGUCUUUAUGCAUUGAAAGUGCACUAAUCUGCAAUUAAGUUGUCUAGGACACUACUUAACAGUGGUUAAGAACUCUACUGGAAACAGAAGUGCAAACAAGUGGCACACAGCUUCAGUGCUUUUCUUCCCCAGAAGCACAUCUAAAUAGAUUCAUGUUGUUUACAGGAGAAUUUCAAUUAAUGCAGCUGUGCUUUUUAAUGGUAUGUUAGGCUGAGGGUGUCUUCUGUGUGGGUCGUUACACCAUGACAUGUAUCAGGAUCUCCUUUUGUUGUCUAUUGGCUUUUGAAAUUUCUGUUGGUAAGAAAAUGAGGUAAAAUUGUGGCUUUCAGGUAGGGAAGUAAAAGUAGUUUUAACCUGUUUCCUAAUUCUGACCAUCUUUAAGAUGUCUCUAUUUUGGAACUACUUUUUACAGAACUCCUUCUCCCCUGCUGAGAUAAAAACAAUACUUCUAAAUUUUAAUGUGAAACUUAAAAGAUUAUAAAAAUAUUUUUGAAUUCUGAAUUUAGUAAUUUUUUAUUAUCUUGAUGCUUCAUUGCUUUAAUUUUGCUCUUGAAUUAAGGAGUUGGGCAGUUCAGUGUGGCCACAGGUGUCUGUAAUUGCACGAUGUAGCCCAAUCCUGCAGAAUUGCAUGGUCAGCUUUAAGACUGCUGACAUUAAUUUUGCAUGUCCUGCACAGACUUAUUAGCCCUGACAGGAGAAGUAUUUUUCUUUCAGAAGUGGCUUUCCUUGUAGACUCAAAAUAAACUGACCAGUAAAAUAUCUGAACAAUGGCCUCUGAAAGAGUCAAACUAGUAUGUGUAACUUUAUUCACUCUUACUGCUGCUGUACAACAGGUGCCCAGACUUGUCCACUCACUGAUUAAAAGCUGUGUAAUGUCAUUUUAAGCUCAAGUAUUACCUAUCCCAUUUGGCCACUAACCAGAAGUGUCUGUUGCCUCUCGGUAUUUCCUUGAAAGACAAAAUUUAAUUGCUGUCAAUUCAGCUAGUUUCAGGGUGCAGUUUUAAACUCUUGCACGGUAAUGGAUGAAUUCAUCAUGAAAUAUUUCACUGUGUGUACACUGUCGCAGUUCAGUACAACUUUUAUUUUCUGCAAUGACUUUCUAAUGUGAUUGCGUUUUUUUUUCUGAAGAAAAAUGCACACAAUACUGUAGAGAAUGGACACUGAAGUGAAUUGUAAGAAAGGUGCAAUAUCUCAGUGUGGUGGAGCAUGAAAGUGUGUAACUUUUUUCUGUUUCAGCAGUUCUUCAGAGUUUAAAAUGCCUCAGGUUUUUUUGAGAGAAGACGCCCUCAUUUUGAUGAGGUACAGUUUGUUUUGGUCACCUGUCUACUAGUUUCCAGGGAUCAUGAAAUGAGGAGGGUAGUAUUUCCACCUUGAUCUUAGGUUGGGGAUGUAAGUAUAAAUUAAUCCAAGUGAUUAAAUGGGUCCAGUUUCUUGUCACAUUGGAUGAAAAGGUCCUGGGUGCCACAAUAGCUGAUAGUGGUGUGUUAUCUCCAGCAGGUACUUCAAUCACUUGUGUGACGGUAGAAAUGAAAGAAGAGAGUGGAUUUCCAGGGAUUCCAUGGUAGUAAUUUAUAGCUUUGUGAUCUCAUAGACCCAGGGUGCUUAUAACAUAAAAAUACAAAACUCUGAAUGUUCUGGUAAGAAUGCAGAAUAACAUCUUGCCUGAAUGUUCUUUGCCAAGUACUCAGAGAUAAAAUGUUGUCUUUGACCUCAGAGAAUCAGGCCUGAAGUAGCUGUGGGAUUCAAGAGUUCUCACAUUUGGGGUUUUUUCCCUUUUGUUUUCUCAUCCUCCAUAGUUCUAGUGACAUGCUCAAUUUGUGGUGGGGGAGGUUUUUGGUCAGAAUCCUGUCUUUCCCUGCUUUGUGCUCUGUGCUUACCCAGGAAGACCCCAUCCCUGGAGGUGUUUAAAAGACACGUAAAUGUGGCACUUAAGGGCGUGGUUUAGUGGUGGACUUGGCAAUGUUAGACUUAAAGUUGGAAUUGAUGAACUUAAAAGGUCUUUUCCAAUCUAAAUGAUUCUAUGAAUUUAUGUUAAAUACCCAUGGCAUUAAUCAAACAGUUGGAAUUUUAGUUAAACCUGGUCUUGCCAAUUUAAAUGUUGGCCAUUGUGGUUACAGCUGUAGAUUACUGGGUUCAGGUGAAGAGUAACAGACUGCUAAAAUAAUGCAUUCUUAUUAGUAUGGUUUUUUGUUUUUGUUUUUUUUUUAAAUCAAAUCUCUGCUUUUUAUUCACAGAGCACAAAUGUCAAGCUUAAAAGUAACAUAGAGGCACACAGGAAAAAGCUCAGAGUUAUAUGGUUCCAUGGUACUGAAGCUGUGUAUGUAGGAGCUUUGUACCCACUGCAAUAUGAAUGUAAUUAAUUUACACUCUGUAAAGGUAACGGUUUGCUUCCAUGGUAACUUUUUCUCUAUAAAGGCUUAGAAGGAGCACUGAAAGUUUGAUUGCAAUAAGACUGUAAACAGUAGAGAACAUUCUUUUCUAAUAUGAUUUUAAAUAUGAGGAAGAAAGCUGCCUGACAAACCUGGUUGAUUUCUGUGUGUGUUUCUAAUGUCAUCUUUUGUCUCUGUUAAGAUAUCUAUUUUUUUUUUAUCUGGGAAACUGAUGAAAAGAUGCUUACAGUAUGCUCAGUAUGGGGUACUUACUUGAAAGAGCAAGAAAAUUCUUUGCAAGACUUUCCUGGGCCUAAAUUUUGGUUCUCCUGUUGUGGUUUGAAACCUGUGAAGAUCAUUCUCUGGGGGAAAAAACCCAAACCAACCUGCUUGAACUUAAGUACAUGCAUUUACAUCAGAAUGCAUAUACAAUAUAGAAACAUAAAAAUGGCAGUAUUUACUGUUCAUCUAUGCUGAAUGGCCUGAAGCCAUUUCUUUUCUCUUAACACUCUUUCAACUUUGAAAUCAGCUGAUGCAUUGGUCUAUAAAUAUUAAUAAACCCAACUGUUUUGGGAGCUCUUACAGUUCAUUCUUAUAAGCCAGAUUUUCAUGGCAAUUGUUGUUAGAUUUAUUGGUUUAAUAUUCUUAAGCUUACUGAUCUUGCAGUUCUUGAGCAUAGAAAAGUCAAUAUGCAGUUGUCCAUUUAAGGAUUGCAAAGAUAGUUUAUUAAUCUGUCAAGGGCACAUCCUAGUAAUAUUCAAAGCUUGUAUAUUUUGACUAUUAACUCUGAUGAAUCAUACUUGCAUUCUCUCUCAUCUGGCUAACUUUAAAACAUUUCCAAAUAAAUUCUUCAGUGUAAAAAAAAAAAAUUGUAAUAUUGAAGCCUUGAAUAUAGUUCAUAACCAAAGCAAGGGGAAAGUGGGGGGUCUGGGUUUUUUUGUCUUUUUUUAGGGGGAGAGGUGAGGGUGUACAUUAGAGUAUAUGGUAUUGCUUAAAUUGAUUUUUUUUUUUUUUUCCCCCCGGUUCUCUGCUAAUUGUAAUGCUAAAAUGCACUUUUGUAUAGAAAACUGUUCUCUGUACAUUCUGUAUCUACUUUACACAAUGUUUAUAGAGAUUUUUCUGAAGUUGUGAAGGAUUUACUGAAAGCUCUGAUGCUGUUGACUUCAAGAUUUCCUUGUAUUUGAAAACAGUUAUGUGCAUAUUAAAGUACAGGUUGGAAUUAAAAUUGAUGACAUAUAGCAAAGAUAUUCUGAUGAAA